GAUUCGACUCUCCCCAGUCGCCGGUGACACACGACACAGGAACAUUCCAAGAGUCAAGGGCCGGAAAAUAGGCGACUCUGAUGGACGUUGAGAUGACCUCCGACGGCCAGCCGAACAAUUCGCCCCCAGAUGCAGGGCUUUCUCAUCCGCCCGCAUCAGCCCAAGGACAGGGCACUGGUAUCCCUAACACUACCGGGCAAAUGAGCUUCAGGAGACAACGAGCAUCUAGAGCAUGUGAGACUUGCCAUGCAAGGAAGGUCCGGUGUGAUGCGGCGAGCCUCGGCGUUCCCUGCACCAACUGCGCCGCCUUCCAGAUCGAAUGUCGCAUUCCCAUCCCCAAGAGAAAGAAAGCCCACAGUUCUACUGGGGCCAGAGACUCAGAUAGCGACAGAGGGGAUGCGACCACUUCCAUCGCAGCCCUUCCGGCUACCGAGGGGAUAUCCCCACGGCCCGUCAGCACGAGCGCCAACCUCGACAACAAAGGAUUUACCUCUCAGACACCGGACCUGUACCACUCGAGCGAUGGUAACCCUCCCACCCAGAGCGAAUCCCAGACGAGGAAGGAAGAGAUGGACAGCGAUAACUACCUUAAAUUGGUCAUGAAGCCGAAAUUCACACGUGCACCCAUCACGGACGCUGGUAGGGUGGCUUUCCUGGGUGAAUCCUCCAACCUGACGCUUCUCGUACACGAUCGUCAGGGCACGACUGAUGUCGUUCACUAUCCUCUCCCGGAGAGCGUGAGGGGCUCGAGAGCUAGGUUAACUGAGCUCGACCACGUUGAAAUUGACAUCCUUCAGCAGCGGGGCGCCUUCCUCCUGCCCCCGCGUUCCCUCUGCGAUGAACUUAUCGAUUCCUACUUCAAGUGGGUCCACCCGAUCGUGCCCGUCAUCAACCGCACCCAGUUCAUGAGACAGUACCGGGACCCAAAGAAUCCGCCAUCGCUGCUCUUACUCCAGGCCAUCCUUCUGGCUGGGUCUCGCGUCUGCACCAACCCGCAACUCAUGGACGCAAACGGCUCCACCACACCAGCAGCCCUCACAUUUUACAAAAGAGCGAAGGCUCUAUACGACGCCAACUAUGAAGACGAUAGGGUCACCAUCGUGCAGUCACUGCUUCUCAUGGGAUGGUACUGGGAGGGGCCGGAAGACGUGACCAAGAACGUCUUUUAUUGGACACGAGUCGCUGCCAUUGUCGCUCAAGGGUCCGGGAUGCAUCGCAGCGUUGAGCAGUCGCAGCUCAGCCGGUCGGACAAGCGUUUGUGGAAACGGAUCUGGUGGACUCUGUUCACUCGUGACCGAUCCGUCGCCGUCGCCCUUGGCCGUCCUGUCCAGAUCAACCUGGACGACUCGGACGUUGAGAUGCUCACAGAAGAUGACUUCAUUGAGGACGAGGCCGAUCGUCCCAGCGAGUACCCCCCAGAUCUAGUUCACGUGCAGUUUUUCAUGCAAUAUGUGAAGCUCUGUGAAAUCAUGGGCUUAGUCUUGUCACAACAAUACUCGGUGGCGUCUAAGGGUCGGCAACGGAAUGCCAUUGAUCUCACACACAGUGACAUGGCUUUGGCAGAUUGGCUGCAAAACUGUCCCAAGAUAGUUUAUUGGGAGGUGGCGCGACAUCAUUUCUGGUCGGCACUGCUGCAUUCCAACUACUAUACGACCUUGUGUCUACUGCACAGAGCUCACAUGCCACCGAGCGGAGCGUCGGCAGGGUUUCCCGAUAACUCGCCCUACCCUUCACGGAAUAUUGCGUUCCAGGCGGCCGCAAUGAUAACGUCCAUCAUUGAGAACCUCGCAGUGCACAAAGAGUUGCGAUACUGUCCGGCUUUUGUCGUUUACAGCCUAUUCUCGGCCCUCAUCAUGCAUGUUUACCAAAUGCGGUCUCCAGUCCCAUCCAUCCAGCAAGUGACCCAGGACAGGUUACGCACAUGCAUGCAAGCAUUGAAAGAUGUUUCGCGGGUAUGGCUGGUGGGAAAGAUGGUUUAUACUCUUUUCGAGUACAUCAUUGGUAAUAAGGUGUUGGAGGAGCGCUUGCAGAAAGCAGGAGGGAAGAGGCACAAAAAAGCCCACCAGCAGCAACAACAUCCGCACCAACAGCAACAGCAACAACAUCCACAACAGCAGCAGCAACAACAACAACGGCAAGAUUGGACCAAGCGCAAGUAUGAUGAUAUGGUCAUCGAUUUCAGUGUUAAUCAACCAACACCACAAGAAUCAUACGAACGGUCCCGUCCGCAGACCCCGACUCACCCCAUGAGGACCGAGACAGGCGGAAGUUCGCAUGCCAUGCCACCACCAGCGCUGUCCCCUAACCAUCGUCCAAGCACAGAUACCUUUAUGGGAGGGACCUCCUCACACCCCCAAACUCGCCCAACAACACCGUUCAAUCCAUCAUUCUCCGUCUCGGCCACAACGCCAGAUCUGUAUCUUGUGACUCGCAAUUCUCCUAAUAUCUCCCAAGCGCUGUGGGAGAAUUUUCAACCCGACCAACUAUUUCCUGACAGCGCUGGCAUGCCGGUCAUGCCACAAUUUUCGCCACCCCAAAGUCAGCAAAGUGCGGAACCAACCCUGGCGACACAACUUCAGAUUCCCGACUCGCACCAAGCGCAACAACAACAAGGCCUAGGGGACCAAGGGCCCCGCUAUUCACAACAUUCCGACAGUGAGAAUGGCCUGGGUGGCAAUUCCGCCCAGGGUCAACCGAUAUUGCAGCCUGGCACCAUGGGAGCCUUUCAACACCAGGGGCAGAGCAACUUAUGGCAGCAGCCCCAGCCCCAAUUUGACAGACUGGCCCCGGAUAGUCAGAGCCCGAGCGACAGCUGGAGCACCGGAUCCGUUCAGGGGCAGCCGGUGCCCAAUACGUUGAAUGUCGAAGACUGGUUUCAAUUUUUUGGCAUCAACAAUGGUGAUUUAGCCGGGAUGAAUCUUGAUCUGAAUGCUAAUCAUUAGGACGCAGUCCACUUACUGUUGUUCGCCUUCAGGAUGGUUGCUUUUUUCUGUACAACUCCAGUCUAUAGAUAUAUGAAGUACAGCGAGCGUGUAUUUAGGAGUCGAAGCAAUCGGCAGGCGUCCGGUGGGAGGUUGAUACAGAUACAGCUCUACGAUUUGUUUGAGGAGUUGGGAGGGACCCCAAAAGAGAUCACGGGGGAAUAGAUCUUCCUACCAUUCAUUUCUGACGAGAACUUCGGAGAUUGAAAUACGCGACGAGUCGAUUUUUAUAGGAAAGUGCGAUCUGCAACUAUGUUCCCGGAUUGUCUUCCUCGCCAACGCAACAAGU